UCGGUGAGGCCCUCAGUGGUGCAGGUAUCGUGGUGCAGGCUGUGUACUGAAGGGCAGGACAUGCUGUGCUGACUCGCAACGAUGUUUUGAGAAUCUGCUAAGGGUCGAUCGUACAUUUACUUCUCUAAUGAAUAUGAUGGUGGCCUUGUGGUCUUUCCUUGCUGCUCUGGCGCUCAUCUCUCACGGUUCUGUCGGGACCAUGAACGGUCAAGUGUCUCUGGCGAGAGAAGAUUCUUUUGAGGAUAAAACCCAGCGAUUAGUGUUGCAAAAACAUCAAUCAAAUGAGACUCAAGAAAUACACAAAGACUUCAAUGAAACUAUACCUAAAUAUAUAAUUGAAGCAGGAGCACUGGCUGAAAUUGCUGAACUCAUGAAUGGGCUUCAUUAUGGGAUGAGCUUUCAUGCAAACAAUUCUAUACUGACGUCACCUCUGCAGAACAUCUCCAAAUUGGAUCAAUCAUUCGGCAACCCAGCCUUUCCUUCUGCUAAAAAAAUUCUUAUUGAAAAAAUUGAAGAAGUGAGCCGUGUCUUCCUAGACCUACGAAUACUCGAUCCAUGCUCCCAAGCCAUGAACAAUAAAAUUCAGACCCUAUUGACAAAUUCGAUAGAAUUAAUUCUUACGAGCAAAAUGGGAGACAUUGAAAAAUUAUAUUCAGAUAAGAGGAAAUAUUUUCCUCUGGAGCAGCUCAUCUGGCAUCUUUCUCAACGAGACUCACUUUACACCUGUCAGGCACCUGCAAGUUUGUUGACUGUAAUAAAAGAAGAUUUGAAGGCAGUUCUGGACAAGAUGGAUGACGACCUAGUAAACUUCAUUAACGAAAAGAUUGAUUUACUUUCAUUAGUGCUGGAAAGAAUUUCUGAUAGCCCAAUAAUGAUUUCGCGUAUCAGUGAUUAUAUAUGCAAGAGAAAUUCCAACCACGAUGACAAAAUACAUGAGUUGUGCAUACAGAAACUACAGUCGCUAUUCAGUAGUUUCGAUGAUGACAUUGCCCCAAAAAAUCAAAACGGAUUGAAACGAAGGAAAAGAUUCGUCAAUAAAUUAGAAGAAAUUCCAUCAAAGCUGCAACGCAGAAGCGAAUACGACGAACUCGAGAACAAGGAUGACUAUUCCUAUGGUGGAACCUACGGACAGAAUACAUAUGGCUAUGGGCAUAGUCCUGGAGGCUACGAUGACAAUCAUGGCAACUUAAUAGUGUUGCCAUCAGAGGAUUAUAAUGAAGAGUAUGAUAAGAAACUUAUCAAGCUGAUUGCAUCGUUGGCUCUGGGGACGUACGGUAUCCUAGCAACUCUCGUACUAAAGACGUUCCUAAGAGCGUUGUUGUUCAGCGGCCUUGCUGGAGAUAAAGGUGACAAAGGACCUACUGGUGACAAAGGAAUGAAAGGCGACAAAGGAAUGAAAGGUGAUAAAGGCAUUAAAGGCGAUAAGGGACUGAAAGGAUUUAAAGGAAUUAAAGGGCCAACUGGACCCAUGGGACCUCAAGUCAACGGGGCAGCGGGUGCUGCUGGACCGUCAGGGAUGGCGGGUGAUCCAGGCGAGGCUGGCAUGGCGGGCCUCGGCGGCAUGAGCGGAGAUCCUGGAGACGCUGGAGCGCGAGGGAUGCCAGGUGAUGCUGGAGCUCAAGGGGAAACUGGACCCGCAGGAAAGAGGAAGAGGCGAAGGCGAAGGAGAGGUGUGGAUGAUCCCUUCGAUCUUUACCUUGAAGAUGUACCUGACCUACUAGGUAGUUUAUAUACGAAGAAGAACCAGCACCCAAGGACUCAUGAGGCACUGAAAACUGAUGGGAUUGUGGAUCGUGUAAAUCACUUGUGGAAAGUCUACAAUGAUCCCACAGCAUGCGCCAAGUGUUCUCUUUUUGAGCUGCUCCGAGAUGAAGCCGAAGAUAACUUAGAUGCCUACGUCAUCGCCGGGUUCGCCCACGUGCUCGGGGACUCGGGUUCUCUGCAGCUCCUGGACGACGUGAGGCGCGGCCGGCAGCGCGGCGUCAAGAUGCGCUGCAGGAGAAGUAACAAGUCUUGUUCAUUCGAAAGCUCGAUUCCUGUCCAAGCCAGUGUUGACGAUGGUAUCUUGCGGCAUUAAAAAUAAUCAAUACUGUUAUAAUCGUAGUUUAGUCUGUUUAAACUCAUCCCGAUAAAUGUCGUGCUCAAAGAUAAUUGUCCAUUUACUAUAUUUGUUUCAAUGCCUAUUAAUCAUUUACUUAUGAAUACGGUCACUAUACACAGAAAAACUAUUUAAAUUGAGUUGGAAAACUGAUAAAACCUCUAAAACAGACGAUUUUUUACGCCAAAGACAAGUCAGUCGUUUCCAUUCAUUGAAAAUUAAAUGGGCUUUCAGAUCAUUUCGAAAAAUGCUUUGUGUACGCAAAGCUGAGGACGAGUUCACUCUAUCGAGAAUUGAAAUUAAAUUUGUUAAACUGAAAUUUAAAAUUGAACAUUAACUUACAGGCCAUUUGAAUCAAUGGAUUAUGAGUAUUCCAGAUCUUAUGGAACUUGUGCAAGGAGAUUCGAUAACUAUACUAUGUAUAUGUACGGGUGAAAAUACAGUAGGUCUUGUUAUUAACGUCGGUGUUACAAUCAAGUAGCCUAAUUGGGCAUGAAUUUCCUGUUCGUUCUUGAAAUAGAGAACAGUACAAUAGCAUGAGGGGCUCUAUGCAUUACAAUGUUGAAAUUCCGUGUUAUGUUUAUGAUAUAUUUUUUUGGAAAUUAUUCAUAGUAUUAUUCAUAUUUUGCAUGACAUUCAAAUUGUUACAGUUUCACGCCACGUUGAUUUAUUGGUUUAUUGUACAUCGUCUACUGACAGUAAAGUCAGUAGACUCUACUGUCAUAUUUUUUACUGACAUCGUCAGUAAAGUCUGAAAUUCUGUUUGUUUUCUGAAGUUCUCUUUAAUUUCAAUGAAUUUUUUCUUGCUUCGAUGCAUGCAAUUCAAAUUCGCUAAUUAUAUGUAUGUAAAUUGCAACACUGUUACUCGGCUGCACUGAAUUUCAAGAAUUGAAUUCCAUCGAGACAUAAACGCUGUCCUCUAUAUAUCUGCUCGUUAAUAUAUCUUUGCAAGUUGCACGCCUAUAUUUCAUGUAAUUCCGUUCGCGUACUCGUUUAAUAAGCCUUCUGAUAUGGUUGACAAAAUUUUCACUAUUUCGAAUUAGCGUACUCCGUGCAUUUCAAGCCAUUUGCAGUGUUAACGGCAAGUUCUUUAAUUCAA